AAUAGCAGUAGUGACAGCAGCACCUAAACGCCGUUUAGUGGUCGAGCGUUAAAGAAUGUCUAUUAUCGGUUGUGUUUUCAUAUUUUUCAUAUAAUGUAAAUUUAUAAUAAAUUAAGUUAUUUCUUUUUAAAUUAUGUUUAAUUCGAUUUAUGCCUUUUAUGAAUAACAAUUGUAUAGAUAUUUAUCCUAUUAAUUUGAUAGUACCAAGAUAAUCUCCAAAAUGAAUAGAAUCUCAACAAAUUUAUUCUACUCUACUAUAGUUCUUUACUUUUUCUUAACUAUAAUUUCAUCUAAAAUACAAUCACCUCCUAGAAUUGUUAAAGAACCUAUUGUUGAUGAACUAUUAUUCCAAGUAGCUACUCAACAAAAUGAAAAUGAUAAACCUUUCAUAAUUGAUUGUGAAGCAGAGGGUGAACCUGCACCAGAAUAUUAUUGGAUGAAAAAUGGAAAGGAUUAUAAAUGGCAAACUUAUGAUGACAGAAUAUCACAACAACCUGGCCGAGGCUCUUUGACAGUUACAUCCCCUAGAGAUGAAGAUUUUGGCCAAUAUCAAUGUUUUGCCAAAAACCCGUGGGGUAUUGCUACUUCAAAAUCUAUUAUGGUUGUUAAAGCUGAAUUAAACUCAUUCAAAGAUGAACCCGAAGCAUUUCUUGAAGCUCAAGAAGGGGAACCUUUUAAACUUUCGUGUCAUCCUCCAACUGGUUGGCCAAAACCAAAUGUUUAUUGGUUAAUCCAAAACACUGAUGGGGGAAUACGAAGUAUUAACAAUAGUAGAAUGACAUUAGACCCUGAAGGGAAUUUGUGGUUUUCAAAUGUCACCCGAUUUGAUAACAGUGACGGUUUUACUUACACUUGUGCAGCUACAUCAGUAUUUAGGAGUGAAUAUAAAUUAGGUAACCCUGUCAAUUUAAAUGUAAUCCAAGCUGCAGGAACUGCUUUACAAAAUAAAUAUCCACCAACCCAGCAAUAUGUUACUAGAAGAAAUGAAGUAGCUUUGUUAGGUAAAAAAGUUGAGCUGUUUUGUAUAUAUGGUGGAACGCCAUUACCUGAAACUAUUUGGUUAAAAGAUGGUAAGCAAAUACAGCCUAAUGAACGUGUAACUACUGGAAAUUAUGGCAAAAGUCUAGUUAUUCGCAAAGUUUUGUUGGAAGACAGAGGAAAAUAUACUUGUGAAGUCAGUAAUGGUGUUGGAUCCCCUCAAUCAUAUAAUAUUGAAUUAGAUGUCAUGGCCAUUCCCUAUUUUACCGUUACUCCUGAAAUUGUACAAGGUGCUGAAGGUGAGACUGCUAUUAUAAAAUGUGAAGCUAAAGGUAACCCAGAACCAACUAUUAAAUGGAUUCACAAUGGACGUCCUUUGGCUGAAGCGCCACCUAAUAUAAGAAGAUCAGUUACUGCAAACUCUAUAACAAUUUCACCUUUGGUCAAAAAUGAUACUGGCAAUUAUGGAUGCAAUGCGACUAAUGCUCUUGGUUAUGUUUACAAAGAUGUUUACAUUAAUGUGUUAGCAUUGGCUCCUGAAAUAACUGAACCUCCAAACAAUGUUGAAACUGUUGACGGUCGAACUGUUAUAAUUGGCUGUAAAAAUUCUGGUGUACCUAAACCACAAGUAAAAUGGACAAGAAAUUUAAUAGAAUUAACUGGAGGGCGUUAUACAAUUUUAUCUAAUGGAGAUUUGCAAAUAAAUGAUGUUGGAUUUACAGACACAGGAAACUAUACAUGUAUUGCUACUAACAACUAUGGCACUGCUAAUGCUUCAGGAACAUUAACAGUUAAAACUCACACGAUAAUAACUGCAGCACCAGAAGAUUAUGAAGUAGUUGCAGGGUCAAUGGCUACAUUUCAUUGUAAUGCAGUUGCUGAUAGAUCACUCAAAUUGGAUAUUGAUUGGUUGGCUAAAGAUGAACCGGUGAAUUUUGAAUCUGAACCACGAUUUGUAAAAACAAAUGACUAUUCAAUGACUAUUACAAAAACUAUUGAAUUAGACUCUGGAACUUACACUUGCCUUGCUAGAACAAAUUUAGAUCAAGCUACAGCGAGUGCAACACUUACUGUUCAAGAUAAGCCAAAUGCACCCCAGCUAUUAGGAAUUACAUGUAAUAAGAAAGAUGCUGCUGUGAAAUGGCAACCAAAAGGUGAUAAUAGAGCUCCUAUACUGCGUUAUGUCAUUGAAUAUAAUACAAGUUUUGCACCUGAUACUUGGUCUAUUGCAUCAGACAAUGUACCAGCUUCAGAUCAAACAUACAUUGUUCCAAUGACUCCUUGGGCUAAUUUCACUUUUAGAGUGAUUGCUAUGAAUAAAAUUGGUAGAUCUACUCCUUCAUUACAUUCAAGUGUUUGUACUACUCAGCCUGAUGUGCCUUAUAAAAAUCCAGAAAAUGUUGAAGCAGCGGGUACUGAUCCUUCUAAUUUAGUGAUUCAUUGGACUCCUAUGCCAAAAAUUGAACAUAAUGCCCCUGGGUUAAAAUACAGAGUGUAUUGGAAACAAGAUAUACCUGGACAAGAUUGGAAUACAGAAGAAAUAACAGAUUACACAAGAAAAGAAUUAGUAAUUGGUAAUCAACCAACGUAUCACCGUUAUAAAGUUAAAAUUGUUGCAUCCAAUGAAAAAGGUGAAUCGAAUGUUCCUCAACAAGAAAUUAUUGGUUACUCCGGUGAAGAUGUACCACAAGAAACACCUCAAAAUUUAACUAUAAGAAAUGUUACUGGUAGUAGAAGUGCUAUAUUAAGUUGGGAUCCUGUUUCUCCAGAAUCUGUGAAGGGUCAUUUUAAAGGUUAUAAGAUUCAAUUUUGGACAGAGAGAGAUGGAGAAAAUAAUGUAAUAGAAGAACAAGUGGGCCCUGAUACAACAACAGCUGAGAUUAAAAAGUUUAUCCCCAAUUCAAAACAUUUUGUUCGUAUAUUAGCUCAUAACAGUCGUUUUAAUGGACCUCCAAGCCCAUUGAUAUCUUUUGAUACUCCAGAAGGAGUGCCUGGGCCUGUGCAUGGUGUUGAAACUGAACAAUGGGGUUCUUCUGCAAUUUUAUUGAGUUGGAAGCAACCAGAACAAACUAAUGGAGUGCUAACUGGUUAUGAAAUUUCUUAUCAGACAAUGACACCAGAAGGAGUAGGUUUAAUGCAAUAUAGACCUGCAAUUACCAACCCUACCCAGACUAGUGCUAAAAUAGCUGCAUUAAAACCUGGAACUAAUUAUCGAAUUUAUAUAAGAGCUACCACUAAGGCUGGUGCUGGCGAACCAUUCUUUGUUGAACAACAAACAAAACUUCCUCUCCCAGAAGGUACUUUAUUAGAUAAACCAGAGUUUAUUCAUCAACUUGUAGCAACAAACAAUAUCUUUGAUACAGUACGAGUAAUGUGGUCUCCCAAGUUAGAUGGAAAUCCAGGAUCACAUUUCUAUGUGAAAUAUAGGCUUAAAGGUGAUACACUGUAUGAACAAACCCAACCUGAGCUUGACAAAAACUUUAUCGAUAUUAAAGGUUUAAAACCUGGUGAAACAUAUGAGUUUUUGCUUGUUGCUGUUGAUGGUGAAAUUUCUAGACCUUCAGAUCCUGUGGAAGUUGAAGCUUCAAGUACUGAUCCUGUAAUUAGAAGAAGUGAAAAUGUUGCGACAACUGGAUGGUUUAUUGCAAUGCUGUUAGCAUUAACAUUCUUGAUCAUUUUAUUAAUUAUUGUGUGUAUGGUAAAACGUAACAGAGGAGGAAAAUAUAUUGUUCAUGAGUCUGAAGCAGCUAGAGGGCGUCAUGAUUAUCCAGAUGAACCUCAUUUCCAUGAAUAUUCUCAACCGCUUGGUGGUAAAAGAAUGGGAAGUGAAAAACAAUCACCCGAAAGUGAUACUGACUCAAUGGCAGAGUAUGGAGAAGGAGAUACAGAAGGAAUGAAUGAAGAUGGCUCUUUCAUUGGUUUAUAUGGUAAAAAAAGACAAGGUGAAACCACAUCGGCAGGUUUCGCUACUCUUGUCUAAUUGUCCAAAUUUACUGAGGAUGGAUCUUUUAUUGGCCAAUAUGGUACAGCUAGAAAAAAUCAACAACAACAACCUCGUCAGGCUGUUACUGGAUCGUCCUCUUCUGCUACAUAUGUGUAAACGUUAAUAAUUGCUAUUUCACUAUACAACACGUAAAAAGUCACCCAGUUUAGGCAAUAUAUAAAUUACUUUUGACGCAUUUUAUAACAAUUCUUUCCUAUCCUAGACCAAAGUUUGUCAUUUCAGUAUUAUCUUUUAUUACUUGACCAUAAGGCUUGAGAAAAUUAACUAUGAGUUGCUAUUUAUGUAAUUUUAAAAUCCUGGUUGUAUUUUCGUAACUUAUCGUAUUAGUUUCCCCAUAUCUGUGAUAAAGUCAUAUUUUGCUUAUGCAAAUAAUUUAAUAAGCAGAUGUUAAAAAUAUUUAAUUUCAAUUUUAGCAUCCAUAUGUAUUUUUAUAAGUAUUAUGAACAUCAUUUAUGCAUUUAUCAUCAAGUUUUAUAAUUUUAAUAUUGAAUUUUUUUUAUAUGUUUUCAUAUUAAAUUCUAAUUUUGCUACAUAUUAUUCUGACUUUAAACACUGCAAUCAAUCAAUGUGAGAUUUAUUGUUGUUGUUAGACUUAACUCUGUUUAAUUUAAAUAUGCACGCUAUGCCAGCGCUUUAUUUUACACCUUAUUAAAUUUGUUAUGUUAUUUAUAGAUUCUAAUAAUUUUAUUGUCAUUAGUAUUUUAUUAUUACUAUGUUUUUCUAUUUAAAUGCAGUAUUUUUCUAAUUUUAAAAGUCAAAUAGAUUAAUAAAAUAUAAUAAAUUUAAAAUUAUUGAUAAAAAUUCAUUACUAAAAAUAUUAAUAUAACUUGUUAAAAAUUCAUUACAUCUAUUUUUCAAAAUAAUAAAAACUAAAUAUUUUUUUAUAGAUUUCAUCAUCAAAAUAUUUUUUAUCAAAAUAAUUUAAUUUUAAUUUUCACUGCCCAUAGUAAAUAAUUACAUUACCUUGUUAUUAUAUUUGUAUAAGUUUUUUUUCUUUUACCAUAAUAAAACGCAUGCAUUCCAUUAGUAUAGUGUAAGUAAGUUGAGAUAUUAUUUAUUUUUUUAUUUUUUUUAUUUGAAGCCAAGCUGUAAAUUUUAUUUUUUAAUCAAACAAUAUUUUAUUUUUGUUGUAUAAAAAUUAAAAUUUGCUAAUUACUAAUUAGUUAUGUUUAAUAACAGUAAUUUAUUUUUUCAGUAUUUUACAUUAUGAGUUAAAUAUUCACCUAAAAAUAUGUAUGCACGUUACUUAGAUAUUAGAAAUAAGUGUAUGUAUAUUUUAAUUUUUAUAAACAAAGUUUACCAACACCAGUGGUUUAAUUUAUUAUUUAAAAACACAUUAUUUGUUAAUUUUAAUUUUAAGUUUAAUCUUACACACCUGCAGUAUUAAAAUAUCAAUUUGUAUUUUAUUUAUUGAACAUUCUAGUUCAUAAUGCUAAAUAUACUUUAUAAUAUAGAAA